UCUGCUCCUUUUCUUCUGCUAAAAGGUUCAUCAUGUCGUCCCACUUGCAGUGGAUGGUGAUCAGGAACUGCUCCAGCUUCCUCCUCAAGAGGAACGGACAGACCUACAGCACUGAGCCCAACAACCUGAAGGCCAGGAACUCGUUCCGCUUCAACGGCCUGGUGCACAAGAAGACGGUGGGCGUGCAGCCGGCGGCUGACGGCAAAGGAGUGGUCGUCGUGCUCAAGAAGCGUGCAGGUCAGAACAAGCCAGCCACUUCUUACAACAAGAUCACCAUCAACAAGAACUCCCGCGCCACUCUCAACAGCCUGAGGCACAUCAUUCGCAAGAACAACUAUAGGAAGGACCUGUGCAUGGCCUCCCUGCGCCGUGCCAGCGCCAUCCUGAAGAGCCAGAAGCCCGUAGUGGUCAAGAAGAAGCGCACCAGGGCUGCCAAGACCGCAUAAAUGCAGAGCCGGUAUAAUUCAAAAUAAAAGCUUUUUGUUUGGAAAAA